UCGCUCUCCAUAGUUUCAGGUCAUUCUCAUAUAGAACACAGAUAUAAAAUUUUAAGCAGCUUCAAUUUGUUGUAGUUGGGCGUGCCUACAAAUUCUACAGAUCUUUUACGUGCCCUUUAGUUAUGGCUGAUGCAAUUUCACAAGCUGUUAUUGGCAAACUGACUGAAAUGAUAGUCCAACAUGCAGCUGGAGAGGCAGCGUUGGUUCGCAACUUCAACCGGGACUUUCAGUGGUUGAAGAAAAGACUCAGAACUAUAAGCGGUGGCCUGAAAUACACCGAUAAACUUCCUACCCGGGAAGACGACAUCAAAGAAUGGCUCCAAAACGUGAGGGACGUUGCCUGGGAUGCAGAGGACAUUGUGGAAGAGUGUGCGGUUCGCCCUCUAUACACUAGAUCUGCAACUCAGUCUUGUAUCUGCAGUCCUGAUGAAUUACUCUUCCGCUACAAAAUGGGGAAAAGGAUUCAGGAAGUAAAAGAAGCAAUCGAUUCUAUUACAAAAGAUGGAAAGCAGCUGAAGCUUUUCCGGGAUCUGGUGCCAUCAGGCUUCGAACCACCAUCAAGUAGUUCAGCAUGGGAAGCGCGGAAGGGAAAUAGGAUCCUGCCCUCAUACCCUGUGGCAAUUGAGCCCAAGAUUCAACACCUCAUCUCUAUCAUAGAUGAAUCAACUGUUCCUGUCAUCGCCGUGGUAGGGAUGGGCGGAGCAGGGAAGACAUUUCUUCUCCAGCAUCUUUUUGACAGGAUCAAAGAAAGGUAUGAGCUUUCAAUCUGGCUUUCGAUAUCACAGUCAUAUUCUGUUCAACAACUACAGUGCGAUUUAGUAUCGCACAUGGAUUUAGAGGUGGACGAUGUAAGUGAAGACAGAGCGGCGGAGCUGAUUAAUGCCGAUUUGCAAGGAAAAAAGUAUCUCAUCGUGCUGGAUGACGUCUGGACGUCAGCUAGAGGAGGUAACAUAAUUAGGAACCUUGGUCUUUCAAUUGGCCAUGAGAGCCAAUGUAAAUUGUUGGUUACAACAAGAAACAGGGAUGUUUGCCAAAAUCUUGGAGCUAAAAUAUAUGAAAUGGAGCUUUUAUCCGAGGAGGAGAGUUGGCAGUUGUUCUGCUUUCAUGCCUUCCCGGAUUAUAACCAAAAUCUCCCGCCACCAUACCUUGAAAAGGUGGCUCGUCACGUUGAAAAGCAAUGCGACGGUUUACCGUUGGCUCUGAAGACAAUAGGAGCUUCUCUCUCCGGCUGCACAGAUACAAGAAAGUGGAGCUCUAAAUUGUCUCAGCUCAAAGAGUUAGAGCUGAGUCAACAGAAAGAGGUUGCUGAUCCCGACUACCGCAUCAUAGAGAUUCUCAGAUUAAGUUACGACUCCUUGCCUUCUGCUCUUAAACCUUGUUUUUCUUGUUUGUCCUUUUUUCAUGAGGAUGAGAUAAUAGAUUGUGAAUAUCUCAUAAAUUUAUGGAUCAUGGAGGGAUUCAUUAUCCAAAGAAAAGAUCAGUGGGAUAUAGCUUUAGGUUAUUUAUAUCAAUUGGCCAAUCUGUGUUUGCUUGAUGUAUGGGAGGAAUGGGGUCUAAUCAAAUAUUGCAAAAUCCAUGACUUUUUGUUUGAUUUGGCAAUUGGUAUAUCUAAAGAAAACAGAUGUGCAUUUGCUGUUGAAGAUGAUUUCACAGCUGUGAAACGAAUUUUACUCCCGAAAAAAGCCAUAGAUGAUGUGGUCACCGACCCGAAGAAGUCUUCUUGUCCCAGAUCUCUUCGCACUCUUUCACUUCAUAAUAAUCCUCUUACAAAAAUAGAGGCAAACUUCUUGAGCCCUAUCAGAUUAUUAAGGGUUCUGGACUUGAGUGAAACUAAAAUCUCAUCAUUGCCCUACUGUCUUGGAAAGCUGAAACUUCUCAAGCUUUUAAAUUUAUCAAGCACAAAAGUUGAGGAGGUACCAAUCUGUGUGAGAAGUCUCAAGAGUCUUGUCUUUCUUGAUCUAAAUCUGUGCCGACAACUGCGCAGGCUACCUGAGUGGAUAGGUGAAUUGAAAUGCCUCCGGCAUCUCAAUGUAAAGUACUGCAAAGAUGAGCUGCGGAAUCAUGUGCCGAAGGGAAUAUCAGAGCUCUUGUCUUUGCGGGUACUAAGAUCAGAUGAUUUGAGGCUUUCUGUCGAAGAUGAUGGAUUAUUAAAGCUGGAUGAUGCUGUGAAAUUAACCCACCUCCAAGAGUUGAGCUUACAACUCAAGCAUGAAAAUGAGCUGAAGAGCAUCGAAGAUGGAAUCCUUCGUCAGCUUGUCGAGAUACGCCAUCUGUCAAUAGCAUCUCGUCUCUCUACAGAAUCACAUCUGCCGGAGAACAUCACUGCCCUGCAGGAUCUGGAAACACUUAAUGUGAAGAAAUUCGUGGUGCCGAGUUGGGUGUCUAUACUAAUUAAUCUGAGGCAACUCAUUUUGUUUUAUUGUAUUUGUAGCGAUUAUCCAGCUUUAGAAACAAUGCCUAACUUGGUAGAGCUGAAAAUAUAUGGUAAUACAAAUUGUAGAGAAUUACCAAAGGCAUUUGUAAAAUCAUCUGGAUUUCCCAAGCUACGCUUUCUACUCAUUGAGGACUUCCCUCUUCUGGAGGAGCUGCCCGAUUUGGAGGAUGGAGCGAUGGCCGUCUUGGAGAAAUUCCGUCUACGGGAGUGUCCGAAACUGAAGAAAGUUCCAGAGGGAUUGGAAAGGUUGAGAAGACUAAAGGAGUUCAACUACUUCGAUUCAGGAACCGAUGAAUUUAGAGAGACACUGAGUGAAGGCGGGCAAGUUAGGAAAAAAAUCAAAGCAAAAAAUCCUCAUGUGUACUUCAUGCGCUAACUUAGAAUAGUUAGGGAGGUUUAUAUUAUAAUUAUGUUUUUCAUAAUUAGUGGUUCUUUCAAGAAAUUAUAUAUAUGUAUGUCAUUAGUCAAUUGUUAGUAAGGAAAUGGAUAGGUACAGUGUUGUUUUCAGAAACAUGUGUAUGAAUAUGAUGUAUCUUAUUAUCACUACUUACAUAAGAAAUCCUCUUAGAUACAGUGAUGA